ACGGGUCCACGCGCGUGUUUUUUUGUGGAUGGCAAUUGAUAAAAUGAUUGUUUUUGUAGUUGUUUUUUAUUGUUAUACUUUACCUUGAAGAAAAGUGCUUGUGAAUGGUUGCGAUAGGUGCGCCGUUCAGGUGGUGACGCUCGAUGACACUGGUGCGGCGUGGCCCUCGUCGGAUGCAACGGCGAGAAAAUGGCUUCGGUUGGGGCAGAAAAUGAAAGAAACUCUGAGAUUCAGCCCCACGCUUCCGCUGAAGAAGAUCGUACUGGACCUGUUUUUGCAAACGGGAAUGGAGCUGGAAAUGGACCCACUCCUAAUAAUUAUAUUCCUGGAAAAUCAAUGGGCGAUGCCUCUCAACAAGGCAGGGCAGUAGGACCAGGAAUGCAAAUUUUUGGAAUAGCUGGCCAGCCACCGCGGUACCUUUCCGCCGGCGGUGGGUACCCUCCGAGAAUGCUGCAGCAGUACCCAGGCUACGGUCCAUCUGUCCCAGGCAGCAUGGGCUACAUGUAUCAGCACCAGCAGCUGGCAGCCGAGGGGAAGCCGGGGGGCCCACCUCUGAGGCACCACCCUUACGCUGGUGCUCCAGGCGUGCCCCGACCUCAGGCCGCUCCGGGCCACGGAUACCCGCCGGGGCCGUGGGACCAGCACCGUCCUCCGCCGGCCGGGUACAGUGCCGCGGCGCGGCCCCGGUCGCCGCAGCUGGCGCCGCCGACAGCCGGCCAGCUGGCGGCGCACCGACCGCUGCCGGCCCGCUCUCCGCAGCAGCCGCAGUCCCCGCAGCACCUGCAGCCGCGCUCCCCGUACCAGCCGCCGCCGCCGGCCCGGUCUCCGCACCAGCAGCUGCAGCAGCCGCAGUCGCCCCAUCACCAGCUGCAGCAGCAGCAGCAGCCCCAGUCGCCUCACCAGCAGCUGCAGCAACAGCAUCAGCAGCCGCCGUCUUCUCCGCAGCAGCUGCAGCAGCAUCCCCCUCAAUCCCCGCACCAGCACCUGCAGCAGCAGCAGCAGCCUGCUCCUGCGCAGUCGCCUCAUCAGCACCAGCCGCCUCCGUCCCCACACCAGGAUUUGAGACAGCCGAGACCGCCGCGGUCGCCGCAGCAGCAGCAGCAGCUGCAGCAUCUUCAGCAACAGCAGCAACAUCAGCAGCAGCUGCGACCCCCGCAGUCGCCGCAGCAGCAACAAUUGCGACCGCCGCAGUCACCCCAGCAGCAGCUGCGACCUCCGCAAUCACCCCAGCAGCAGCUGCGACCGCCGCAGUCGCCGCAGCAGCAAUUGCGGCCGCCGCAGUCGCCGCAGCAGCAGCAGCGGCAGCAGCCGGUGCCGUCUCCGCAGUCUCAGCAGCCGGGCUCUCGACCCUCCAGCCGGCAGUCGGCCGCAGACAACCUGGAGCAGACGGCAGCAGAGUCGGCGGCGACGCUGCCCGAGCACGAGUCCUCUCCCCCGGGCGGACGGUCCGCCGCAGCGGCUGCUGCUGCAGCUGCAGCCACGGCCGCCGCCGCCGCCGGCCGACCGACACCCAUGUCACCGGCAGGAGGCCAGCCGGUAGUGGGCGUGCCCCCUCGGCCGUCUGCUCGGCCCGACCCGUCACAACGCCUGGCACCGAUGCCAUAUGUGCCUCCAGCGGCCGGCAAACCGGGGUAUAUGCCGCACCCGGGAUACCGGGCACCGGGUCCGGACCCCGGAUACCGACCGGCCGGACCCGAGCAACCCUACCGACCGCCGGGACACGACCCCGCCUACAGGCCGGGCCAGGAUCCCGGAUACCGACCCGGACAGGAUCCUAACUACAGGCCGCCCGGGUCAGGCCCGGAUCCCAACUACCGACCGCCCGGGUCCGCUCAGGAUCCAAACUACAGGCCACCUGGUUCCGGCCCGGAUCCCAACUAUCGGCCGCCUGGGUCCGCUCAGGAUCCUAACUACCGACCGCCAGGAUCCGGGCAGGAUCCAAGCUACCGCCCGCCUGGAUCUGCGCAGGAUCCCAACUACCGUCCUCCGGGAUCCGAAGGCCAGGGUCCGCCGCCGCCGCCGCCCGGAGCGACACCCAUGCCUUACGGAGGUCACGCCGGGAUGUACGGGUCGCCGUACGGGCGUCCGGCCCCGGCGCCUCCGCCGGGAGCCCAGCACUACCCCAGCUAUCCGGGCCAACAGCCGUGGCCGGCGGGCGCCGCGCCGCCGUCCGCCGUCGGAAAGCCGGCGCCUGGCUCGCCGCUCUCGACGCACUACCUGCGCCACCAGAUAUCACAGAAGCUGCAGUACGGGCCCGGGCAGCCGCCGCGGCCUACCUCCCAGGGCAGUGACAGCGGCGGCGGGGGCGGAGAGGCGCCCGCUCCGCCGCCCCCGCCCCCGCCCGGCCCGGCUCUGAUGGGCCCUGACGGGACACCGCUGGACGAGGGCUCGCAGCACAGCACGCUGUCCAACGCUAGCGCCAACUCUGAGGAGGCGUGUCGGUCACCGCGGCGGGACGGCAUCGGCCAGGCGCCGCCGCCGCCCCCCUCCGGCCUCACGUUCCCGGGGCCGGGCCAGCGUCCGCCGUCAGUGCUGGGACAGGAGGAGGACCCCGCGGCGGCCGCCAGUCCGGGGGGUCCGCCGGCCGGGCCGCCAGGGCCGACCGCCGCAUCGUGGACCAGGUCACCGGGAUCGGCUUCCAGCGAUGCGCCGCCGAAGGAAACGUUCACUCCAUCGUCAAAGAAGGCAGAGAGUCUGGGCCGACUGUUUGAGAUGGACGAUUCGCCGGGCCGGCGGGAGUGGGUCAGCCGUCUGCUAUCCUUCAUGGAGGAGCGCGGCACGCCCAUACUGCAGUGCCCCACCGUCUCCAAACAGCCGCUGGACCUGUUCAAGCUGUAUCACUUCACCAAGGAGCGCGGCGGGUUUGUGGAGGUGACUACCAACAAGACGUGGAAGGACGUGGCCACUGUGAUGGGAAUCGGCGGCAGCUCGAGCGGCGCCUACACGCUCCGCAAACACUACAUGAAGCACCUGCUAGCGUUCGAGUGUCGCUUCGACCGCGGCGGCGCCGACCCCGCGCCCAUCAUCGCCAAGUUCGAGACCAAGAGCUCCAAAAAGGCCAAGCGCGCCUCGUCGCCCGGUCCCCAGGACAGUUUCUCCAACUCUGGGUCCUUGGACGGUUUCCCGGGCGGCUAUCCUCCCGGCUACCCGCGGCCCGAGUUCAACGGCAACGGACCAGCUGUACCGGGGCAGGGUUACCCUGGCCACGGCUACCCCGGCCAGCAGCCGCCUCAGCCCGGGUACGGACAGUACAUGCCGGGAGGCCCGCCGCGGCCUCCGGGCGCCCCGCCUCCGGGCCAGGAGUACCCGCCACACUCCCAGCACGGGCAGCACCCCCAGCAGCAUCCGCAGCAGCAUCCGCAACAUCCACAGCAGCAGCAGCAGCAGUAUAUGCAACAGUACCCCAACAGGAGUUACCCGGGCGGCGCGCCUCCGGCCGGCCCGCCUGGCGCCGAGUACCGGUACCCCGGGCCUCCUCCGGGACCGACUACCUACGGCGCGCCGCCGCGGCCGCCGCACUACCCGGGGGGCGGCCCGGCGGCUCGGCCGGGCGUCAGUGCCGCCCCGCAGUCUCAGCUGGCCAAGCAGCUGUCGGCUCCUCCCGGCCAAAGCGUGCGACCCCCGCCGCCGAUGAUGGGCGCUGUGUCGAAACCGACGGGCGCCGCGUCGUCUCCGACGCUGUGUCGUCAGCUGGCGGCGCCGCCGGCCGCGCUCGUCUCCCCGGCCGCCCAGCAGCUGGGCGUCGCCCGGCACGGCGUUGUGAGUGAGGGUCUGAUGGGCAGGGGAAGAAACCGCUGGGAGACUUUGCAGGAGAGGAAUCCGGAGAUGAAGCGAUAUUUAACAUGGGAUUGUCUCUAG